CACGACUUUUCCGUCUCUGAUCUUAUUCCUCUCCCUCUGGGUUUCUCUAAUGUCACCCGCUUGUUCCCUCACCUACCCGUCGGAAACGCUGCCAAACAUUCAGAAGACGUUCGCCAACAGCAUCAAUCUCCCCACUCUCAAUGCCAUCAUCCACUAUACCUACAAUGCCUCUAACUCCUCUCUCUCCGUAGCGUUCGAGGCAGCUCCAGCGUCCCCAGAGGGCUGGAUUGCGUGGGCCAUCAACCCAACCGGAACAGGCAUGGAAGGAGCCCAGGCACUGAUUGCACUCAAAUCUGACUCUUCUCUGCUCACCAAGAAGUUUAACAUUAGCUCCUACUCCUCGAUCGUGGAGACAAACGAGCUGGCGUUUGAUGUGUGGGACCUUGCCGCGGAGUCCGGCGAAAGCGGGAGGAACGUAAUUUACGCGUCGGUGAAAGUUCCGACCGGCGUGAAGAAGCUGAACAUAGUGUGGCAAGUUGGCGCCAAUGUCAUUGACGGGCGUCCGAUUAAGCACGCUUAUGCUAAGGAAAAUUUGAAUUCAAAAAGGGAGCUGCAGUUGUAGGAAAUUUGAUAUGUUCUUCUAUCCCCUGGUUUUCUAAAUAAUUUCAGCUUUCUGCUCUAGUUUCAUUUUCUAAUUUCCAUUUUCUUCUUUUCACUGUUUAUCUCCUGCAUGCUCCAUUGUGUUCAGUCAUUAUAUUGACCUGGGUUGUCUACCGAAUUAACUAGAAAGGGAGACACAGAAAACUAAACAAUGAAAAUAGUGAAAAUGU